AUGCAUUUCUUCACUGUUUUCCUACUCACAUGUACCUUAUUUGUUGACGUUUCAUGCAUUGGAUGGCUGAUGAAGGGCGAUAGCAGAGGAUGUCCAUAUCGAGGUGGAGCUCAUACGUAUUAUUUUGGGACGACGCAUCUCAUGUGCAUCAUACAACAUCGCAAUAGAGGCAAACGAGGUGCACCUUGGAGAGGACCCUGGACCACCGACCACCGAUUUAUUGAAUACAGAGGAUACUAUUACGAUUUCCAAACGAAUUCGAAAGUAUCGAUCGCAAGAAGUCGAUUAAGGGGAGAUGUAUGCCCUGGAGCAAAGGAAACUUCCCCAGCGGGAUACAGCGAAGUAAGUCUCGACUGUAUUGAAGGUUGCGCCAAAAAUUACAGAUGCAGAUAUGGAUAUUACAACUUCCUGUUCAAUAACUGUCACCAUUUUGCUAACCGGCUGUCUGAAGUUCUUUGUAGAAGAGGUACAGCAUGCCCCGGAUGGUGUAGAGGAAGCUGUAAUGAUGUGGAAUAUAAUUAACAAUUGAAUAAAAUGGAGAUGUAUACUUUACUUAUAUGUACUUAAAAAAUUGAUAUAUUGAUAUUUCCGAAAAAUAAAUUUGUUUGAUUAGUCACUGCU